AUGGUGGAAAUAGGUAAUAAUAUAACUGGGAAUACUUCUGCUCUCUGUGCCAAUGAUUUCUGUAAAAUUGCAAAUUACAUUUGGAUCAUCUUAUCACCUGUAAUUUUUGUUUUCGGGUUGACCAGUGGAUUUCUAAUGAUUUUAGUGUUGGUUCGGAUAAAAUUCCAGCGAUCACCACUGAUGUUCUUUAUAUUUGUCCUAACUGUGACAGAUAUAAGUAUUUUGUGUGUCGGUCUUGUAAGAAUUUGGAUUUUAGAAACAUGGGACUUUGACAUUAGAGAAUUAUCGGACGUAUCCUGUAGCAUUUUUCAUUUUCUUAUCUAUUUCUUGAUGCAAUAUUCUUCAUGGAUACUUGUGUUUGUAACCCUGGAGCGUUUCAUUAAAUGUAAAUAUAUAAUGUAUAAAUCAUUGAUCACUAUGAAGAAAUGUACAUACAUGGUGAUAUCUGUGUUCAUCCUUCUUGCAGCUUUAAACUCGCAUUAUUUUUGGACACAUAGUUUUGUCAUCACAGAAAACAAUACUACUAGUUGCAAUGUCACGCCAGGGUAUGAAAGGUUUGACGACUGGUACAUUAAAAUUGACCUGUUUAUCUUGUGUGUGAUUCCAUUUUGUAUUAUGCUUUCUCUGGACAUUAUAAUUAUGAAGAGUUUGAAAGCAGCACGCACGUUCCGAAGAUCCUCCAUAGCUGCUCCACAAGUGUACAAUCGGAUGAAGAAGAUGGACCGAAAACUAACCAAAAUGUCCGUCAUCACGAACAGUUAUUUUCUCGUGUCUACACUACCUGUUUCAUUAUUAUUUAUCCUGACUGUGUAUCUUAAUAGUGCAGCAGAGCCUUUGUAUUCGAUCUUUACACUGUGUGGAAGCAUAGUAUAUACUUUACAGUAUAGUAACUAUGCCGUAAACUACGUAUUUUACACAAUUUAUGAUAAAAGGAUCAGAAAAGAACUCAAACGAAUUUUAAGGAUCGCAAAGCCUAGGUUUGUACAACAAGGCAGUCAGUACACGCUGCGGUCCAGCUCCAUGGAGACGUCUCAGUCGUUAUCAGCCACCUCUACAAACGUAUCCAUUAGAAGUAUCUCGGGGAACGUCACGUGAUUGUUAGAACCAGACAAAACACAAAACAUGACUGUCCUGUAAAGCAAAUCAAAUACAGGCUUGUAUAGCUGAGAGGGCAAAGUUUUAUGUCGAAUAAACAUAAUUUUUAUUGAA